AUGAAGAAACAUGAUGAGGCGGGACCCAAAGAUCUGGCACCUCUGCACAUUGGCCGACAUCCAGUCCCGUGGAGUAUGCCCAACGAAGAGGAUCUUCGUAUGAUCUUUGUCCCAGAACUUGUCCAAUGGAUACAAUCGUCCGACUACCAGGAUCACGCCCCCAAUCGCUGCUUUUGCUCCCUCGUUCUGCACAUCUUGAGCAAACGUCUACCAGACGACGUCACCCACAACGACCCCAUCGACCGCGAUGACUUUCGGGGCAGACUUGGCGAGCUCUUCUCCGACGACGGAAUGCCUCUCGACCAUCUCCUUGAUCACUGCGCGAAUGGUUACAACAUCCAGAAGGUCAGGAAGGUGCACAAGCGACCAAUGACGCAUAACACUUAG